AUGACAUUAGCGUCGCGACACUUAGUCUACAAUUGGCAGCCAAACCACAUCAUUUGCCCCCAACUGGCCCUCAACUCUGUCAUGGCCAUCCGAGUCGGCGGCUACACUGACAUAGGCAGAAAGCUUGAAAACCAGGAUACAUUCAACAUGUACAGAAUCAAAGCUGGUGACGUCUACGUCGGAGUUCUGGACGGACACGGAAGCAAUGGGAAAUCAAUUGCGCGCAGAGCCAAAGAGCUGCUGCUGCAAAACCUUAAAGAUUCGACAGACUAUCCAGCCAACAAGGCGGCUGCAUUAAGGUCUGCGUGUAUACGCACGCAUAAGGCUAUUGCUGAAGGGAGCAUCGACUGCACACUGAGCGGCACGACCGCAACAGUGGCUCUGAUUAGUAGAUCGCAUAGACUCAACUUGGCGUGGCUUGGAGACUCUAGAGCGGUUGUUGGACGGUUGGACAGUAAAGGGAGAGUUUCGUGCGUUGCAUUGACGUCGGAUCAUAACUGUGAUGAUCCCAAGGAAGCGGAGAGGAUCAGAAGGAUGGGUGGCAAGGUUGAGCCUUAUCUGUCAAGUGGACGGUAUGUUGGACCCAACAGGCUCUGGAAUCGCGGGAGGAUGCAGAGAGUUCCUGGACUAUGUGUCUCUCGAUCAAUUGGAGACACCGUGGCUCAUACCAUCGGCUGCAGUGCUGAUCCCCAGCUUCUAGACCUCACAUUAACAGACAAAGAUAAAUUUCUCAUCAUUGCCAGUGAUGGAGUCUGGGACGGCCUGAGUAAUCAGGAAGCCGUUAAUAUUGUCAGUCACUACAAAGACCCGACGCCAGCUGCCAAGGCAUUAGUAAAAGCCGCAAUAGCAGGAAUGGAGCUGAAACACAUGGACGACAAUGCAACAGCCGUUAUCGUCUACUUCAAGUAGACAAUCAAACCAUUGACUUCAACGACU